AUGGUAUCAAAACAGAAAGAGCUAAUAGGCGUAAUAGAUAGACAUAUUGAAGAUCAGUAUGAAUCAGCAUUAAAGACCAAUAAUAUGAUGGUCAAGAUGCAGAUAUUUGAAUUAUUAUCAGCACUCUGUCUAUAUUCAAUAGAGGGUUUUUACUUAACUCUAGAAGCUCUUGAUAGAUAUAAGGUAUGGCAGAAGUUACCAUACAGAUUCAGUAUCAUUGUUCAAGAAUUAAAACAGGCUGAUUUGGUGCCAUUUAAAGUUGCAUUGUUGGCUUUUAUAAAUUCAAUUAUUGUAGCGAAUGAAAAUAUUCACAAUCGAAUUCGAAUUAGAAACGAAUUUAUUGCACUAAAUAUUCUAGAUGUAAUCCAAGGAUUAAGGAAUAUUGAAGACGAUGAUUUACAUGUACAAUGUGAAGUAUUUGAUGAUGAAUUAAGUGCUGAUGCUGAUGCUCUUUCAGAAUUAAACACCUCCGAUGUUGAUAUCACUAAACCACGUGAUUUGUUUACAGCUAUUUAUAACAAGUAUCAAGAUACACCUAUAGAAAGUUCAAUAAUUGGUAUAUUAUAUAGUUUAUAUCAAAUAGAUGACCAUCAUUCCCACAGUGAAGCAACGUGGAUCAACAUAGAAAGACAAGUACAGCAAUGUGUGGAAAAUCAAACCAAGGAAGAGACACAUUAUAAAUACGGGAGGCAGAAAGAGUUGGUAAACCAGGAAUCCCAAACAGAUCCUGUUGAAUUGUCUUCUGAAGGACGAUCUUCUUUACGUCGUAAAAAUGGCGUCAUCAUCAACCAUCCUGACACAGGGAAAAUCGAAAAAGACUCUUUACAGUCAGCAUCUGCCCCAGCGCCACCCGCACCACCUCUUCCGGGUGGUUCAAUCCCCGUCCCUCCACCACCACCGUCACCGAUGGCUCCACCACCACCACCUCCACCUCCCUCGGCACCUGGUGCUCCUCCACCACCGCCUGGAUUUAGUCUUCAACUUCCUGGUCUUGGUGGACCUGCUGCACCAAUCGUUCCUCCAGUAGAAGAAAUAAAAACACCGGAACCAAAUUGUAAGAUGAAGUCAUUAAACUGGAGUAAAGUUCCUAUCCAUAGUUUACGGAAAAACAGUAUUUGGGGUGAUGUUGCUAGUAUGAAAGAUAAGAUUGACGUCCGAUACAAUAAACUAGAAGAAUUGUUUGCUCUCAACAAUAACGACAAUAAUCGCCUCGGUACGGCUAAACCUGAUGAAAAAGCUUUGAAAAGACAUUCAGUAUCUAUGGAGGUAGCUCUAUUGGAUCCAAAAAGAAGUAUGAUUGUUAAUAUAUUUUUAAAGCAGUUUAAAAAUGAACGGAAUGUGUUAACAGACGUUAUUAAACGAUGUGAUAACAGAGCUCUUGGUACUGAGAAAAUAAAAGGCUUGGUGAAAAUAUUACCAACUCAAGAAGAGGUUGAUAUGAUCACCAACUUCGAGGGAGACCUGACCAAAUUGGGCCAAGCUGAAAGUUUUUAUAGAGAACUUAUUCAAAUACCUCAUUAUAAUACUCGUGUCGAGGGUAUGAACCUCCGCGUUGACUUUAAUUCACAGAUGUCUGGAAUUAGACCCAAUAUACAACUUCUUAGUUCAUUAUGUAGAGGAAUUCUUCAUAGUGACUCUUUAAAAAUGUUUUUAAGAUUCGUGUUACAUGCUGGAAAUUACUUGAAUAAGGGUUGUACUUCCGGUCGAGCGUAUGGGUUUAGAAUCAGUUCUUUAACAAAACUGGUAAUGGUGAAGUCCAAUGUACCUCGAAUGUCUCUGUUACACUAUCUGGUAGAAGAAGCACUCAAUCAGAAUAAACAUGCGCUUAAAUUUGUUGACGAGCUGCUAGAACAGUUACAGAAGGCAUCAAAGUUCACACUACAGAAUACUAAAGCAGAAUACCUCCAAAUUAAGAAAAGUAUAGAUAAAUUUGAACAUUCGAUGAGUGUUGUUGAUGAAGAACUUCAAAAACACUUUGCGGAAUUCAUAGAGGAAGCUCAAAAUGAUUUAGCUGAUGUUGAAGAAUGUUUAGAGAGAAUUGAUAAAUUAUCAGCUAAAUUGAGAGAUCAUUUCUGUGAGAACAAUCCUUUCAAUGUCAACGACUUCCUGAAUUCCUUCUUAGAGUUUACAGAAAAGGUGAAGCUUUGUGAACAAGAAAUAGAAGCAAGGAACAUACAAGCAAAGAAAGUGGAAAUGAGACGAAAAGCCAUGGAAGAAUUGGCAGAAAAACGAAAAAGUGGGGAUAUGGGCUCCCAGAAACACAAUAUGGAUAAACUAGGUGCUGUUUUGGAUAACAGAAAAAUAGUGGAUAAUUUAGUCAAUGAGAUGAAGAAAGGAAAAGUGUUAAGAAGAUUAUCAUUAAAACGUAAAAAUAGAAUGGCUGUCCAAGAAAUUGAAAAUGUGCGACUGUGA